AUGGAUCACGAACGAGGACAAAAUGAACAAAUUAUUGCUGGUAUAGAGAAAAUAGAAACAAUGUCAGAUAAUUCACUGCCUGAUAUUGCAAAUAUGAAUAUAAAAUCGCGUAUCAAUAAAAAAACUCAAGAUUUUAGUGAAGAACCUCUCACCAAUGGAUUACACAAUGGAAUUUGUAAUUCGCAAAAAAAUAUUUCUGUAGACCAUAAUCUAUUACCUGGAACACAAUCUAUGGAAACUAGUCAUUUAAAUAAAUUAGAUAAAGAAGAAGUAGCGUGUGUAGAUAGUAAAGACAAUGACAUAGAGUACGUUAGUUAUACAAAUGAACUUCAAAUGCCCGAUAUUAUGAAGUUAAUUCAAAAAGACCUAAGUGAGCCAUACUCCAUUUAUACCUAUAGAUAUUUUAUUCAUAAUUGGCCCAAACUUUGCUUUUUGGCAAUGCAUGGCAAAGAAUGUGUAGGCGCAAUUGUCUGUAAACUUGAUAUUCAUCGAAAAGUUAUAAAACGUGGUUACAUCGCAAUGUUAGCUGUAGAUAUAAAAUAUAGAAAACGUAAGAUAGGCUCAAACCUAGUAAGGAAAGCUAUUCGGGCGAUGGUCGAAGAUGAUGCUGAUGAAGUCGUUCUGGAAACCGAAAUAACAAAUCGAUCAGCUUUACGACUCUAUGAAAAUCUUGGUUUUGUCAGAGAUAAAAGACUAUUUCGGUAUUAUCUAAAUGGUGUAGAUGCAUUAAGACUUAAACUUUGGCUAAGAUGA